AAUCAUUUGUAUCAUAAAGUUCACCGCUGUCAGUACAAGGAAUACCUACAAAAAGAAAUGAAAACGGUAUUAAUAAUAUGUUUAAUCUUCUUCUUCAGUGGUACUGAUUGUAGAACUAGUUCUUUUCAUAUUUUGAAACAUAAUCCUCCACCUCCAAAAGGAGCUCUAAAAAGCAGUGUUUAUGUGUCACAAGCAUAUUUCACCCAAAAGCUCGACCACGAAUCGAACGAUGAGAUUACUUGGUCACAGAGAUACUUCGUAAAUAAAGAAUAUUUUAAUACAACAGCUAAUAAUGUAGUUUUUUUAAUGCUUGGAGGAGAAAGUGAAGCUUCUGAACGUUGGAUGAUAUAUGGAUCUUGGUUAGUCAGCGCCCAAAAAUAUGGCGCUUUGCUGUUUCAAUUGGAGCAUAGAUUUUAUGGAAAAAGUCACCCAUUCUCCGAUUUGAGUACUGAAAAUUUGCGCUAUCUCUCAAGUGAGCAAGCGUUGGCCGAUGCUGCAAACUUUAUCAAGGCCAUGAACGAACAAUACUCCCUACCCUCCGAUGUUAAAUGGAUAGUAUUUGGUGGUUCUUAUUCCGGUUCUCUAGCUGCUUGGUUGAGACUAAAAUAUCCCGAUUUGGUACAAGGAGCCGUGUCGACUAGUGGUCCUCUUUUGGCAAAACUGGAUUUUUAUGAAUAUUUUCAGGUAGUCAUUGACGAUUUGGCUGCUAUCAGUCAAGAAUGUGUGAACAAUCUUACAACGGCCAUGAAACAAGUCGAUGAUUUAUUAUAUAAUCCUAGUGAUGAGGAGUCUCUUACAAGCAUAUUCAACUUAUGCGAACCCAUUGAGGGUCUUGACGUAGAUGGUUUCGAAGUUGCAAAUUUCUAUACCAGCCUAACAGACGCCUUCGCUUCAGUAGCCCAGUCUAGUGGGUUGCUUGAAUUUACGAUUGAUGAUCUGUGUGACCCAUUGACUGAUCAAAACGGAGGAAAAGAAAUAGUUCGUCUGUCUAACGUCGUUAAUAGGAUACAUGGUACACAAUACGGAUGUUUAAGUUACGACUACGCGACCUAUGUAGCGUACUUGAAGGAUACUAAAAAAAAUGGGGAUUUACGUCAGUGGAUAUAUCAAACAUGCACCGAAUUCGGCUGGUACCAAACAACAAGCAGGGAAGAUAAAAUAUUUGGAAAAGGAUGCUCCAUAGACUUCAAUACAAACCUAUGUGUAGAGGUAUUCGGAAAAUCGUUUAAUGAAACUUUCAUCAAUGCUCAAAUCGACCGAACGAACGCAAAUUAUGGUGGAAUUGAUAUCGCUGUAUCAAAUGUGGUUUAUGUUCAUGGCUCUCUAGAUCCUUGGCACGCUGCCGGACUUACAGAAACUACAAAUCCUGAUUCUCCUGUCAUUUUUAUUGAGGGGACGUCUCAUUGUGCUGAUAUGUACGAGACUACAGAGAACGAAUUGCCACAACUUACCGCAGCUAAAAAUGAAGUUGAUAGACUCAUUGGAGUGUGGUUAGGCCUCAAUUAAUAAUAUUUUUGUUAGUUAUAAAAAUGUAUAUUAUACAGAAAUAUAUUGCUGAUUAGAAAUAUACAAUUUCGUAUUGUUAACAGAAGAUAGUAAACUAAAGAUUUGAUUUGUCUUGGUGGCCAAGCUAAAGGUUUGAAACGUCAAAUCGACUUCUGAUAACCUUUUUUUUUUUAUUAAAUUUGGAGGUGUUGCAAAUGGACUGUCCAAUGGUGACAACAUAAUUUUUUGUUCGUUUUCCUUAGUGCUUAAGCCACUAACUUUCUCUGUUAAUGCUCGCUAGUGUAAAAAAAUUACUUACAUCAAAAAUGAGAAAAAUAUCCUAAUAAACACAUUACAUUAA